AUGGAGAGAGAUUUCAUGGGAUUGAAUGUAAAACAGGAGACUCCUGAUGAAACCAUGGACUCAGGUCCAGUGAGAAGUUCAGCAAUGCAGUGGUCAUUUUCAAACAAGGUUUCUGCUGUUCCUCAGUUGUUAUCUUUCCAGGGUGCUCAAAUAGAAAAGCCUAAGACUGGUUUCGAUUCCCUUGCAUCGUCUGGAUUGGUGACCAUAAAGACGACUACAGAAGCUUUCAACUCUGAUCUGAAACAAUACUCCGGUGUCAUGCAGAAAAACAUUUUUCCUGGAAAUCAUGGGGGAUUUCAUUAUACAGUGACAACCCAUCCUGCACAGAACUAUGAAAAACAUGGUCUUCAAGAAGUUGGAGUACCACCAGUUACCAUUCAAGCAAAUCAGACAGUUUCUCUGGCUACUAGCACUCCCAUUCACCAGUCCUUCAUUUCAUCUGCUGGACAGAGUUUGACCCAUUCAACAAGCUUGCAACCUCUGGCUGUUCCAGUAACAAAUCCCGUCCCAGCUGUUCCUUCUAAUAGUUCUGUUGUGGAUACCACUGGUUUGAGGAGUACUUCGAAGACUUCAGGGGCUCCUGCUCAGUUGACCAUCUUCUAUUCUGGUUCCGUGUGUGUUUAUGACAACAUUUCCCCGGAAAAGGCUCAGGCAAUUAUGUUAUUGGCUGGAAAUGGGUUCCCUAUGGCUUCCCGAACAACAGCCCCUGCUGCUUCAUCUCCAAUUCCAGCACGCGUGACCCAGUCUCCUGUUGUUGAUGAAUUUGUGUCUGCUGGAGCGUUGGGUAGCAACAAUGAUCUGACGGCUAUAAAACCAGCAGGAGUUGGGGCAACUCCAAAUAAAUUGGAGCCCUCGAAACUAGUCAAUAUGAUCGAAUCUGUUCCUGCUACCUUCCUUUCAUCAGGCACUGUGCCUCAGUCUCGGAGGAAGUCUUUGGUUCGGUUUCUCGAGAAGCGCAAAGAAAGGGUGAUUGAUGCAUCGCCAUACACCAGCAAACAAUCCGUGGACUGUAGCACCCCCGUUAGUGCCAGCAUCUCUGUGAAUUCUUCGGGCAGCUGUCCCGUCCAAGAAAUCAAGUAA